UUAAAAUGAGUGUUUGUUUUGAACCUGCAAAGAUUAUACCUAUGUCCGCACCAUAUACAGAGGCCAGUGAAGGUUCCAUGACAGUUCACAACAAUACAAAACACGAUAUUAAAAUAAAAGUAAAGGUCACCGAGUCAUUACUCUUUGCUGCCAAACCAAACAUAGCUUUAAUCAAUGCUGGCUGUGUUCAAAUCAUUAUAUUCAGGUAUAGACCGCCACUGAUAGACUUCCCCAUCAAACCAAAGUCACAGAUACAGUUUAUAGAGCUUAAUGGGAUAGCAGACAGUAAUGAUGUUUUCGAUGACCAUACAGAUAAAAUACAGCAAAAGAACUUUAGAAUGGCAUUUCCGGAAUCCGAACAGAAGUACACCAAUGUCGAUAAGGUUAUAAACAAUACUUGA